AUGGAUUCUCGUAUCUCUCUGGUGUUCAGUUCUCUUCUAUUAGUAUGCUUCUUGAUUCAUGUUUCUGUUUAUUCAAUCGAACCAAUUCCAACUCUUUCUAUGUGAGUGAAAAUAGUAAACCUAGCAACAUUUUGAAAACUUUUGAAAAUACUUUUCAAUAGAAAAGCACCUGGGAAUUGCACUUAUGAAGCAUGGAAUGAUGUAACUCAACAUACUUUCCGAAAUGAGACAAAAUACAGAAAAUGGGGGUUAUCCAAAAAAUGGCAGCUGAAACAAUCUGUUUCACCAGUUGGUUUGACACUUAUAUCAGCUUUUGUUUAUAAUGAUUCAAUUUCGGUUACAACUACGUUUAUAGGAUAUAAAAGAGUUGGGUAAGUCUAGAAAUAUUUAUCAAAAUCGGAAACAAUUACUCUUCCGCAGCUGAAUUUUUUUUUAAUUUUCAAUAGCUGGAAUUGUUCAAAAAUUUUGGAGCAAAAUCGUCACGGCGAACUGAAAAAUGUUGUCUUGUCAACCCUUUCAUUGUUUUUAUACAACAACAUACUAAAAUCAUGAAAUUUGAGGCGUAAAGUUAUAUGUCGAUAUUUUGAUUGCAAUCGUGAAGAAAUACCAAAUACUGAAUUCGAGUCAAUUAUUUUUCCAUUUGCGGUUGUUAAUUGUGCACGUAGAGCACAUGCUAAAUAUAUUUCAUUAAUGCUUCCCGAUGAACAAAGUUCAAAAUCAAUUCAACCAAUUCCGAUGACAUUCCGUGCUUUCGCAGAACCACUUCAUGAAUUUGGAGUUUGUUUAGGACAAUUCUAUGGAGAUACUGCAAAGUGGUUAGAAAUUGUUGAAUCAGUCGAAAGUCAUCGAAUUCUGGUGAGAAUAUUUAAAAGAAUUCAACGAAUGAAUAUUUCAGGGUGCAACCAUGUUUUAUUUUGUAAGCAUCGAAGUGACAAUGUAUGAUAGUCAAGUUUUUACAUAUUAUGAUCGUUUAGGAUUAUCAGAAACUGUACAUAUUCUCAUGGAUCAUAAACCUAAUUAUCAAUUUCAUGAGCUUCAACAAAAUGUACGCAUUUUUUGUUUGAAAUUUGAAAUUAAAAAAUCUCUCUAAAAAAAGACGAAAUUAUUAUAUUUUUUGAGUUUUUCAGGAAUGUUAUUACCGUAGUCGUCAACAUUCAAAAUGGGUUCUGAACGUGGAUCUAGGUAUUUUUAUAGUCAAAGACUGUUCAUAAAACUAAAUUCCAGAUGAACGCCUGAUGUUCAACAAAAAGUAUUCAUUUGUCAACUUCCUGAGAACACUUCCAGCAAACACUGGAGAAAUAACAUUUUCUGUUGCUCGAGUAGUGAAAAGGGAAAAUAAUAUGGAGAAAUAUGAAAAUAAUCAAACACAACUUGAAGAAAAUUUAUUGUUUUUGAAAUAUAAUGAAACAAGUGAUCGAGGGUGGGGUGUUCCUAAAGGUGUAUUCAAUCCAAAUCUGGUUCACUCAUUAUUUUACCAUUUUGCACGUCUUCGCGAUCCCAGUGCCAUAGUUUUGAAUGUUUUACCAAACAUCGGAUAUAUCAGGUUUGUCUAAUAAUUUUAUAUUCGUUAAAUUUAUUGUUAUUGUUAUUAGACAUUAUCGAACAGUAGUGGCAAAUACUGUUGCAUCAAAUUGGCUGGAAGGAUACAAAGUACACAAUGAGCCUUUAGAUCACGAUUUUGCUGAAGAAUUGAAACGAAGAGUUUUUCUGGAAGUUGCUAAUAUUUAUAACAAAAAAGAAAUGAAGUGUGAGGAUGCAGCAGUUGAAAAACUAGAAAACUUGAAAAUGGAUGGAGAUUCAUGUGUUUGGAAAAACGGAACACGAAUCAAUAAAUGA